AUGUACCGCGCCCGAUCCUGCGGCGUCGUGGCGACGGCAGCGGCAGUCCCACGCGUCCGUGCCGCUCUCGACACGGUGGCCCGUAGCUACACACCCAUCUACGCCCCUGACCCGGCCACGGAUCACCUUGGCGCCCUCCGCAGCGCCGACGAAUGCCGCACCUUGUGGGCUCAGCACAUUCCUGUGCCGUCGCUGACACGUGCCAUCGAGCUCUGGCUGCGCUUCGGUAAUGACCCGGUCGUCCACACCGCGGCCUCUCCUGCAUCAGCGGAGCGGGCGGAAGGGGGUGCGGCGCCGUCGUCCACGUCGCCCUUCGCCUAUGUGGAGGACUACAUGGGGUCGAACAUGGUCACCGGUGCACCGGAACACGUAAAAGAGAGCGCUGAGCUCUGGUCCGAGUACUUUGAAACUAAGUAUGUGCGACGUAUGCGCCAGUCGCGGCGCACGUCGAAGCAGUACGUGGGCGUGCUUGGCGCGGCCGGCAGAGGUCGCGGCGCGGGCGAGAGCGGCGGCGGCAGCGCGUCCUCGUCGCUCGCCAAUUUGCUUCUCGACGAAGCGGAUCACCCGAACACGAAGUGGGAGGCCGACACCUUCUUCUGCGAGGUUGCCUACCUCAGUGAGCGUCACCUCAAGACGAGAGUGACGAACUACCUGCAGCUCGAAAAGCUGCUCUGGGGCGGCACCGCAAAGCCGGAUGCUUUUGUGCAGUUUUUCGAGGCCUUCCAGCAGCAGACCAUCACCCGCAUCCCCCUUCCCGUUCCGUCCAUCUGGGUGUACGAGAGCACGGAGGCGAAGAAGAAGUGGGCGGAACGCUACCUGCCAGCCUGCAGCGCUGCGCACGACUUCUUCCAGGAGAAGCUGCGUCCCCACGCCACCGACGCUGCUGCACAGGCGAAGUUACUGGCUGACGUCGCGGCCGCCUACCAUCAGGUGCACGCCAUCCUGCUGGAGCGCAGCGCGCGCCAGGUCCAAGCAGGCGUGUACCCGAGCACGUGGACCGGUGGCGGCGCACCUGCCACAGCAACGGAGGAGGCCUGGGCGGCGAACGAGGUGGAGAAGGAGCAGCGCCGCACGGACGAGGGCGUCUACGACCCCGAGGACCUCCUCGACACCACCGCCGAGUGGGCCGCCGAGCACGCGAAGAUCCAGGCCAUCCUUGAGCAGCCUCUCACGAGCAGCGGCAGUGAUGGCGAGGCGUCGUACGGCUUCUCCCUGCAGGACUUCUGGCUGCACACGGAGCGCAGAGAGGCGCUGGAGACGGUGCAUGUGCUGGAGUCCGAGUCCCUCGCCCGUGUCGCGGCCGCCGCACGCUGUCGACUCUACAGCGAAACGCCGUUACCUGCCCUCUUCGCAGGAUUGGAGGAGAGUUUGGCCAAGGCACGCCUCGACCUGCGUUCGGCGGUGCUGAAGCCACACUUCAAUAGUGUGUGGUGUCGCAUGCACUACGUCAAGUUCGGCGCUGCCUCGCUCGUGCAGCACACCCACACGGCGAGCCGGCAGCUGUUGUUCCACUACGCUGCCUCGACGCAGGUGGUGGCGGCUACAGCGGAGAUGUACUACGCCACGAAGCCCUUGAGCAGUCAGCUGGACUACGCGUCGCCGUACACCUUCCGCCGCUCUUUGGCGCGGCACUGCUCUCACUAUGGAGUGGCAAUGGCGCACGCGGCACAGCAGCCGCUGCUGCUCAGCGCCGCCAACCUCGCCAAGGCGGAGGGGGCCAUAGGCCGUGUAGUUCGACAGGCAGCCGCCCCGUUCGGCGCACGUCGCCGGGCGCUGUACAGCGCGGUCCAGCUGAGCAAUCAGCGCCUGCUGAGCCCUGUCAAAUCCGUGCAAGUGACGGCGCCGGCGCCGGAGCUGCUCGCUGCCGGUGCUGACCUCCUCACCAUCUUGCGGGAGGAGAAGACACCCAAGGCGAAGGCAGCUGGAGAAACUCUCAAGGUGUGGCCGCUGGGCUCUCGGCAGACCGUCUCCUACGACUGGAAGUCCCCGGCGCUGGACAAGCUGCGCCUCCUGCGCCUCACAAACGGCUCCCUCACCACCGAGCAGGCGGUGCAGCGAGAUCAGCUGCGGCAGGCGGGGCGACUCGAGAUUUCGCUGUGGCGACGGCGCACCGCCGAGGAGCGACAAAACGUGCGCGCGCAGAUGCAAAAGGAGGCGGCCGAUGUGCAGGCGCUCGUCGCCGAGACGCCGGCCCUCCAGGAGGUGUCGGCGUACGCCUCGCACCUCUACGGCAAGCUCACUCGUGAGCAAGAGCAGGCGCACUCAUACAGCGACGCCGCGUCGACGCCGCAGGUGUGGGACGAGGCGAGCGGAGAAUGGGUCUUUGCUGUCAUGCUUGACGAUAACGUGCCGCUCUCCGAGACGCAAUCAAUGGAGGUAUUUCUCCCGUACGUCGACGCAGCGGGCCGGCGCCUGCCGAACGGCGAAUACCGCGUGGUCGUUCGCGCCGUGGACCGUGAGUUGAACCCAACCGAGCAUCCGACGCUCAUGAGCGAUGCUGCCUCCUCCUCCUUCUUCGUGGUCGAUGCACUCCCGCAGCUCUAUGCGCAGUACACACAGCAUCAGAAACCCGCCGACAAGGCCACGGAGGCGCCGACAGAGGCGCCGCUCGAGGGCGACAUGCCAGGCAAGGAUUUAAUGCCAUUCUGCGCUUUUCUUCGUGAGACCGGUCUGUACAUCUCGCUCAGCGCCGAGUUCGCCAUGGGCCAGUCCUUGGAUAAACAGGGUAACAUCUCGGUGGCAGAAGUGGCAGCAGUGCUGAGAGGCACAGAGUACCACCGCAGCCAGUGCGAGCACGGCAUCACCGACGCUCAGCGCACUAUUGAGCCGCAGUGCCGUCUGCACUGGUCCCUCUAUCACCCAGGCGCGACGGAGCAGGAGUGGGCAGCGGCGCGGCGUCGUGUGCUGCGGCGUGCCAUGGCGGAGGAACGCGACUGGUGGCUGCCCGACCCUAUGCUGGAGGUGACGGAUGUGCGAACGGACAGUGCCAGUGCUGCGUCCUUCUCGUUCGACGCCUACCCUGCCGUUGCACGGUAUGGCACGGAGCUGUGCACGGUCCUGCCUGCGCAUGGCUCGAAUCACAUGGAGUACGCUGUUUUACCUCCGGCCCCUGGCGUCAAGACCACGGCGUGUGGCACCGGCGCGCAGGUGCAGGUGGAGUGCACCGUGGACGGGACCGGUGCCCUCACAUCGUUGCAUUACGGCGCACCCAUCAGCGUGGCGGACGUCACGGUCGAAGACGCGUUGAGGGCAGCCAUGGAGGCAAUACAAGUGGCGCAGAUGCGGCACAACACGCUGUCGAUGGUGAAGCUGUGCGCGUUCGAGAAGCAGGCUCAGACGAUGCUGUUCUGCGGCAUUCACGGCUUCGAGUUCGGCGGCAAGCACAGUCGCACCUAUGCGUAUGCGUUGGAUAAGGCAAAGCGCGAGAUGGCGGAGACGGCCGAGGCUGGCCAAGUGGCCUCGCUCCAGGCCGCCGACGCCGAGAAGCUGCGGCUAUCAGAUCAGGAGCAGACGUCGGCUGCCGUGGAUCGCUUCGCAUCACAGACCAACCCUGAGCAGCGCCUGACCCGCUUCGCGCCGCGCUCGACCAUGAGCGGCUACAGCAUGGAGGACGUCGGCCCCGAACAGACAUCCACGUGGGGCCUGUAG